GAGGGCCGGUGAUUGGUUGAAGGGGAGCUUCCGUACGCCCUUGCGGCCUGGGCUGGGACGCUCCUGAAUGCUGAUAGGACAGCUUGCUGUCAGGCUGCAGGGUCUGCUGGGAAGUGUAGUUUUCCCGGUCUGGGAUUCUCAGACCAUAGAAGACUUCUAAGCAGCAGCCGCCGGCGCCAUGUCCCGGGUGCAGGUGCCCUGUCACAUCAAGGGGGCUGUGGCGCUGCAGGUGGGCGAUGUGCGGACGGUUCAGGGCCGGCCGGGCGUCUUGGUCAUCGACGUCACCUUCCCCACUGCCGGGCCCUUUGAGUUACAGGAGAUCACCUUUAAGAAUUAUUAUACAGCCUUCUUGAGUAUCCGCGUACGCCAGGUUGGUUCCCCAAACCAGUCGUCCAACAAAUGGAUCACCUGUCUACGAGACUACUGUUUAAUGCCCAAUCCACACAAUGAGGAAGGAGCCCAGGACUAUGUGUCCCUAUAUAAGCAUCAGAUGCUGUGUGAUAUGGACAAGGUGCUGGAGCUGCGCCUGAUUCUUCGACAGCCAUCCCCACUGUGGCUCAACUUCACGUUGGAGGAAUUGCAGUUUUUUCAGCAUGGACCACAGAGCCCUUCAUCAGCCUUUACCAAGUGGCUCUCCCACCCAGCACCCUAUGAACAGCCAGCUCUGCUCCUUCAGCAAGCCCUCCCUGACCCAGAUAAGGUCUCUUCAGAGGUACAGCAGAUGUGGAUGCUGACCGAGAUGAUCCGAGCCAACCGCACGACAGCCCGUAUCGGCCGCUUUGAUGUGGAUGGCUGUUAUGACUUGAACCUGCUCUCCUACACGUGAACCCUCGAGGUUGUUUGGCCUCCAGACUUUGUUCAUGACUGAGAUGAUUACUUUUUAUUCCUGCUGAGGACCAAGGCCAUCCUCAAACAAGAGAGGCCCAGUGUCCCUUGUCUGCUCCCAGAAUAUCAUUUUCCUCUUUGCUUCUAGUUGAGGCUGCCAAGGCUUCUUGGUGUUGAUAAACAGCUUGAAUGUAAGGUCUGGGUGGAAACUCUCCCAUCCCCUGGCUUCAGCCUGAACUCUGAGAUGCCACCUUUCCUUCCUUCCUUGCCUCAGCCUCAUCAUAAAAACUCACCAAUGUUAUUUCUUUAGAACCAAUGUGUGCAUAGCAUUGACAUGGUCUAUUCCUUCUAGCUUCUUUCACACUCCUGGAUAGUUACAGUCCUGUCUGUGUAUUGCCUUAAUGGUAACUUGUGGCUUCCUAUUGUUUCUGAUCCUGAGCUCAUUUGGGCUUGGGAUAACUCCAUCCUACGGUAUAACUGUUGUCCACAUACUCGUCAGCACUACGAGGUCUUUCAAUCAACAAGUCUUUUUAGGAGCCCGUGUACCACAAACUGUGCUAGGUGCGUGCAGAGAGAUACAAAGACAGACGACGAAGACCCUGCCCUCAAAGAGCUUACAUUCUAAUGGAGAAGACAAUGUGUACAUAUGUAGGUACAUAAAAAAGACAUAAUUUGAGCUGGUUUUCUACCUCCUACCUGGCCCUGGCCAAAGUCUAAAUGUCUUGGUUUUUGGAAGUUUCAGGGUUUGUCUUAGUCAUGGGAAACUCCAGGCAGUAGCCAUUAUCCAGAGUAGACACAGGGGUCCAUUUGGGAGAGAAACUCCCAUUUCAGCCUCUGAACUGACUAGAAUCCUGAGGUCCUGCAGGUUGUCAGUUACACAGCAACAUCUCUUAGUCAAAAUAUGCAAACUACAGAUUGGAGGAAGAAGAGGGGAAUUAAGACAGAGCUGGAGCUGGAUGGAUUGGGGCUUGUUUUAGGACUAGAUUACUCCUCACUCUGUCUCUUCCCUCUCAGUCUCUCUGUCUCUUCUCUUCCCCCUCCCCAGUCUGACUUAGCCCAGCAGAUGCAGAGUUUAUGCUGAGCCAAGCAGACACUAUACCUAGUGUCUAAUCCUGAAAGUUCUAUGCCAGGCUAACUUUAGUACUUGCUUCCAAAGGGACCAUUUUUGAGUAUACUGCUUCCAAUGGUAGCCAACUUCCCUACUGUGAUUAAAAAAAAAUAAUAAUGUAUUCUCCCAUUUGUUCUGGUGCCCAGCAAAGUUUAUUACUAGUAACACUUUAGUACUUGGCAAGACAUGAAUUAGUCUGUUGAGCUCAGGGACUACGUACAGAACAGGUGCUAGCAGCAGAAGAGCAUUCCUACAAAGAAAAUAUGGGCUGCCGUGUACAGGUGGACAGCAGAAAUCUGCUAGAUCUUGGUUCUCUUUCCUACUGCAGAAUUUUGGUUGUGCAGCUCCUGCUUGGGUGGUGGGGUAAGGAUUAGAUUGGUAGUUGGUAGAAGCAGAUUUUUUAAAAAUUGAGAGUUUCUGAUGACUUAGCAGCUAAAGGGUUAAUUGCUUUGGCUGUCUUUUUGAAUUAAAUUUUAACUAUUUUCUCCGUAAUGUCCUCUCCUGACCACAAUCAAAAGUACAGCCUGAUCUCUUCAAAAAGCUAAGUUCCUUUACAUUGCACACAGGCUUGUUUGCUCAGCAAAUCACCACAGGGUAGUGACCCAAGCAUUCCUUUGGAAGUCAGGGACAGCGCUAGUUUAUUUUCAGAUAUGGAAGCAAAAUGCAAGAUGAUUGAAAUGUAGUUGGGUGAGCAGACCAUUCCUAUUGUGUAUGCUUGGAUGAGUUGACAAAUUUCUUAAUAAAAUCGACAACUAUUGUAUGUGCUUACAAGGA